AUGAUGAAUCUACACUUAUGUCUCUGGGCUCUGUUCCUGUCCCAUUUUAUUAACGUCCUCUACUCUAAAGACCCCCAGUGUUAUCUGGGUAUGGCUGAGCUGGAGGGAAUAAUACAGCCUGGAGAUGUGAUGAUUGGAAUUGUGCUACCUCUUCAUGUGGAUAACCUAUACCAGCGUAACAACUUCACCAAGAGACCAACCAGAACCACCUGCUCCAAGUUCAGCUUUGAGAACUUCCAGCAACUCCAAGCAAUGGUGUUUGCAAUUAAUGAGAUUACAAAGAGUGCUGCUAUUCUCCCCAACAUCACGCUGGGCUUCCAGGCCUAUGACACCUGUAUGGUGAUACAGCAAAGUUUAGAAGGAAUAUUGCACACAGUGACAGGAAAUGGAAUGGCUGUCCCCAACUACCGAUGUCUUCUAAACGUCCCUCUGAGUGCCAUCAUCGGUCACUCUGCAUCCACACACUCUAUUCUCCUGGCUCAUAUUCUUGGGCUUCUCCGCUACCCUCAGAUCAGCCAUUUUUCUACAAGUCCUCUCCUCAGUGACAGAAGGAAGUUCCCCUCUUUCUUCAGAAACGUUCCUAGUGAUGCUUUUCAAUCCAGGGGCAUUGCCCGGCUACUGUUACAUUUUGGUUGGACGUGGGUGGGUCUCCUUGGUAACGACAAUGAUUAUGGACAGCAAGGCAUUCAGCUUGUCAAACAAGAAAUUGCCAAGGCUGGAGCAUGUGUGGCUUUUAUUGAAAACUUGCUUUCGAGUCAACCUGACCGAAACGCCCCACACAUUGUCAACGUCAUUAAAGAGUCAACAGCAAUGGUGGUGGUUGUCUUCUGCAAGGACAUUGAUUUUGCCAUGAUAGUGCUUGAAUUGAUAAGGCAGAAUGUUACCCAAAGAAUAUUUGUGGCCAGUGAAGCUUGGUCAACAUCCACUCUCUUUUCUGUGGGAACCUUUGCCCAGUUUGUUUCUGGCACAAUUGGAUUGGCUCUGAACAGUGGGGUCAUCAUGGGAUUUAAGGAGUUCCUUAACAAAGUCCAUCCCUCCUCACACGGGGGUGGAAAGUGGGUGAAGAUCCUCUGGGAGAAAACUUUUAACUGUGCAUUAAAUGACCAAAGCAAUGUCACAAGUAUUCCAAGCACUUCAAUUAAAUUGUGUACAGGUGACGAAAGUCUUGAAAGAGUUCACAACAGCUUCAAUGAUGUCUCCAACUUACGAGUCACUUACAAUGCUUACAUGACCGUACAGAUCAUCGCCAAAGCUCUGGAAGAUCUGAGAAGUUGCUCCAACAAAUACAAAUGUGCCAGUGUUUCCAAUUUCUAUCCAUGGCAGCUCCUGAGCUAUGUGAAGAAGAUCAGGGUGAAACUGAGUAGUGGCAGAGAGCUUUUCUUUGAUGAGAAUGGAGACCCACCAGCAGUCUAUGACAUUGUGAACUGGCAGAUGAACCCAGAGGGCACAAUACAUCACGUCAAGGUUGGCAGCUAUGACACAGCAGCAGCUCCUGGUCAAGUCUUUAGUGUCAACACCAGCAUCAUCCAGUGGCCCACUGGAGACCAAAAGGUCCCCCAGUCAGUCUGCAGUAGAAGCUGUCCACCAGGAUUUCGGAAGGCUCCAAGAAGGGGACAACCUGCCUGCUGCUAUCAGUGUGUACCUUGUCCUCAAGGAGAGAUCUCCAACCAGUCAGAUUCUGUUGAUUGUCUUAAGUGCCCAUGGGAUCAUUGGCCAAAUCCUCAGAAAUCCACAUGUCUUCCUAAAAUCAUUGAGUAUCUGUCUUAUGAAGAUCCCCUGGGAGCAACGUUAGCAGUAACCACCAUCCUCUCCUCUCUGGUUCCAAAUGUCAUCCUGAGACUUUUUGUCCUACAAAGGAACAGCCCCAUAGUGAAAGCUAGCAAUUACAGCCUGAGCUGUCUUCUCCUCCUCUCCUUGUCUCUGUGUUUCUUUUGUUCUUUGGCUUUCAUUGGAUCUCCUCAAAGAGGGACAUGUCUCCUACGACAAUCUGCCUUUGGCAUGGUUUUCACACUCUGUGUUUCUUGCAUCUUGGCCAAAACCAUCAUGGUAGUCUUUGCCUUCAUGGCCACCAAACCUGGCAGCAAACUGAGGAUAUGGACCAGCCCUUGGGUUUCAAUCCUGAUAAUAUUCAUCUGUUCCCUUAUACAACUAACUUUAUUCAUCUCUUGGUUGUCACUUGCCCCUCCAUUUCCAGAACUCAGCACUAGAUCACAGUUGACACUCAUAAUCUUUGAGUGCAAUGAAGGCUCAGCUACCGCCUUCUGGGCCAUGUUGGGGUAUCUUAGUCUCUUAGCCUUCACUAGUUUCAUUGUGGCCUUUUUGGCUAGGAGGCUUCCUGACAGCUUCAACGAGGCCCAGUAUAUAACUUUCAGCAUGGUGGCCUUCCUCAGUGUCUGGAUCUCUUUCAUCCCGGCUUACCUUAGUGCUCAGGGCAAGUACACGGUGGCCAUGGAAAUUUUUGCCAUACUGUCUUCUAGUUGGGCAUUGCUGAUUUGUAUGUUUUUUCCUAAAUGUUUCAUCAUAUUGUUCAGACCAGACAUGAACUCCAGGGCAUAUCUUAUGAGAAGGCCUAUCUAA